CUAAGAAGACAGUGCUAUCAGAGCAGCCCCAGCUUUCAGAAGGAAACCUAAUCUGUUCUCCAGUUUGGAAGAUCCCACUAGUGCUUAGGGGGGAAAAAACUGAUAUUUAAACAAUAAUAAUCUCUGGAAGGGCUGGACGCUGGAUUUUCCAGUAGGACAUUAUUUUGAACAAUCAAGUGAAACGGAUCAAUAUCCUAUUAUCCUAAAGAAAAAAGUUAUCACCAGGUAUGAAAUUGGAAUGUCAAACUACCCACAGUGGAUUCUACAGUAUUCACCCUGCACUGCUCAGCUGGAUGCAUCAAUGUUCUGAGAGAAACAGAGAGACUCACCACGCCCUACACAUCCAUGACCCAGAGGGAGGAUGCAUUAUCUGAAUGCAAAAUACUAAAUGAACAGUAUUAUAGCAAGAGAAGACUCCAUAUAUUACCCAUAAUCCUAUAUCAAAUAAUGCUUCAGUAUAUAAACAUAACUGGAAUAUGAACAUUGUUAAAGUAAAGCAGAAUUUUAAGGGUAGAGAUUUAUUUCUAAAACAAUGGUGUGAAUGACAUUUCUUCACCUAAUAUUGAUCCAACUUCCAGGGCAAGUGCUUUUUAAAUUAGUGGAGCACGUACCACUGAUGACAGUAGCGGCUGGACUCACUUGGAUCAAGAGAUGACUGAAGCCUAUUUCAAAUACCGCGGAAACCGAACUAUCUUUGUUCCAACAGUGGCCACAGAAGCAACUGCCACUACCACUGAUAAAUAUUCUAAUCUGUACAUGUACGUAGGAUUGUUUCUAGGAUUGCUGGCUGUGUUACUGGUUCUUCUGUUUACAAUGCUUUUGCGCCUUAAACAUGUUAUCUCCCCCAUCACUCCCAAUACUGAGAGUACAGAUAAUAUGCCCCAGUUCACAGAUGUGGAAAUGCAAGGCCGGACUCCCAGUGCUUAAGGAUUAUUAUUAUGAAUAUCUUAUAUUUGUUAAGUGCCGCUAACUUCCCUUGCUCUGGGUAUGUAAGUAGGAGUAUGCAAUAAUAUCAGCUCAUGGGUAAAUAGAAAUGCAUAAAACUGAUUUAGCAAUGCAUAGAAACAAAGGAGAAAGACAACAAUGUUCCAAAGAGCUUACAGUCUAUAUUGCUUCAUGAUUCACAUAUUGAGACUUUAAUGGUGUUAUAGUUCAGUUGCCAUUUUUAAUAUGAUGAGAAAAUAUAUAAUCAAUAUAAUAAACAUGAUUAUAUAUCCUAAGUUUUGGCCCUUUACCACAACUUCAGACAACAGUGCAUUUUAAAGUUUGUUUGUUUUUUUUUGCAAUUUUUUGAUAUCCAACUAUUUUCACAGAUGAUAUAUUCCACAAUCAGCAAUAAAUACUGUUAAACCUCAGUUAAAUCAAGAAUUGAUGUACUGGACAUACAUUCUAUAUUCUUGGGUGAAAAUAGAAGUAUGGAAUUUGAAAGACAAUAAAUUGAUUUAAACCACGUAAGGAGUAAAAACAGCUGCCUACGAGAUGUGGCAAAUUUUGGAGAUUAUUUUAAUGAGUUAAUUUGACCUUCUGGACUUUGGCCAAUUAAGUGCAAAAUGGUUUUCGUACUACACCAUACAGUGGGGCUCCUGUGACAAAAAAUAACAUGGUAGAGUUAUUUACUUUAGAAUUGUCUCCUGUCAAUCUUCAAGUCAAUGCAGCUAUCCUAAUGUCUUCAGUGCUGCAUGGAGGAUGUGUCUGGAGGUCUGGUUACUAUGGCAAUAAGUGACUGUGCGUAUAUUUCACAAAUUCUGCACAAUGCUUCCUAAACACAAGCUGGGUUUAUCAGGAUGAUCACAUUGCUUGCGAGAUUAUACAACACAUGGUGAUACUAAACAUAAAAUACACAAUUUCACCACCCAGGAGUCUGUAGAACACAGGCAACUAGAUAUCCAGAUUAAAGAAAAUAUAUAUUUAUUUUUUUCUUUUUUUAUUCUAUGACCAUAUUCCUACGGUGUUGAAGAGAAUGCUUUGGAUGUAUGAAAAUGAUCAAAGCCUUUUAUUAAUGAAAUAUCUUUUAUUUUGCUGAACAAAGACAGAGCUCUCGGAAUUGUAAUAAUGAAGCUUAACUCGUAAGCUUAAAUUGUAUAAAUGUUGAUUAAAAAUUCAGCUCUGUUUAGUCAA